GGACGAACCAGCAGCCAUCUGACUUGCUGCGGAGCAUCUGCAUCAUCAGCGGUCACCGUGGCAACCGUCACAAAGCCGCGAGCGCGUUCAGGAGGGGACCGUGGCUUCAGGCGGAUCUCAGGGGAGGUUUUAGGUUUUUUUUUUACUUUUUCAUUUGUUUAUUUAUUUUGAUCAAAAAGCGUACAGACAGCCGCUGUGUUGAUCCAAACACAACGGAGCCCGCAGCGUAAUAUCCGGUCCGCGCGCGCUGGACUCGGAGCGAGAUGACGGACACAGGAAGUGAUCGAGAGCGGAUCGAUGGAGGUGAUUGGAAAUGUUAACCCGGAGGGUCGCUUCAACAGCUGAGUGCGGUUCUGAUGGGGUUCUGCUCCAGGAUCGAACGGUGUUCUGGCUCGUGCAGAUCCUGCUUCUGAUCCAGGAUCUUUGCUUCAGCUCAAUCUGGUUUGGGUCUCAUCCAGAUCUGUUUCUUUUGUUUUUGUUCUGAUUCAUUCUGAAAUGACUGCUGAAAUAUCUGAGCUGCUCUGCAGAUGUUCCAGCACACAUCUGGACCGGGUCCACACGAAGCCACCAGUUGAAUGAAAACCGGUUCUGAGGGAUUCUGUGUGAUUUGCUUAUAAAUGUGGGGACAUCUAUAUUUUAUGAGGACUCCUGCGGAUCAAUCGCAGCGCCAGUCCAUGACCUCUCCAUCCGGAAGCUGCUGCCAGGAGACGAAGGUCGGCAGCAGCAGGAGGAGGAUGAUGAUGAUUGAGCCUGGACCGAUGUCAAUAAUUGAUCAGUAGCUGCAGAACUGACUGUGAGCUGAUGGGAACCAGUUUGGCUGCAGAAACCCAAUGGAUUUACCUGUUAGCAUGGCUCUACAGUCCAGAACCAACUACACAGCCGACUCUGUGGGUCAGAGUAUUACUGCCUCACCUGUGGAACCCAGGGUCGUCUCCAUAGUAACCGGCCUAACGACGGCCACCACGCAGGCUGUCGUGGGAACGUCGGGAAACCUCUCGGCCCUCCGGGAGCAGAGGGGCACCGACUUCGGCGAGGUCCAGUCGCCGUCGACCGCAGCGGUUCUGAGCGCCGUGGUCGCCGGGAACUCGGCCCUUCAGGGCGUGGGGGUCGUGGCUCAGGCUCUGGUGCUGGUCUUCAUCUUCCUCCUGUCCAGUCUGGGUAACUCGGCGGUGGUCGUAGUCAUCAUCAAACACAGACAGCUGCGAACGGUGACCAACGCCUUCAUCAUGUCGCUGUCACUGUCGGACUUCCUAACAGCCGUGCUUUGCCUCCCCUUCUCCUUCAUCAUGCUCUUCAGCAAAGAUGGCGUCUGGAUGUUCGGCGAUGCCUUCUGCGUGGCCAACGGCUUCUUCAACACCUGCUUUGGGAUUAUCUCUACGCUCACCAUGACGCUGAUCUCUUUUGACCGGUACUACGCCAUUGUCCGGCAGCCUCAGGCCAAGAUCGGGCGCCAGAAAGCCACCCAGCUGCUGGUGGCCGUGUGGCUAACGGCGGUGGUUCUCUCGCUACCCGGGUAUCUGCUUGUCCGAACCACAUCAGGAGUCCAUAAGCGAGGUUUCUACCACUGCAUGUAUGUCUUCCACCCAGGGGGUACCAGUGUUGGGACAGCGUACAGCAUCUGCCUGAUCGUCAUGUGCUAUCUGCUGCCGUUCUCCCUCAUGUGCUUCUGCCACUACAACAUUUGUAAAACGGUCCGCCUCUCUGAGAUCCGGGUUCGGCCCGUCACCACCUACGCUUACCUGCUGCGCUUCUACAGCGAGAUGAGAACAGCCACCACGGUUCUGAUUAUGAUCGUGUUCAUCAUCUGCUGCUGGGGGCCGUACUGCCUGAUGGGCCUGGUUACGGCCAUCGGGAACUACAGGUUCAACCCGGCCAUGGACACGGUCGCCAUCUGGAUGACGUGGGCCAACGGCGCCAUCAACCCCCUGAUCUACGCCCUGAGGAACCCCAACAUCGGCAUGCUGUUGGGCCGCAGCCGACAGGAGGGCUACCGAACCAGAAACAUUGCCGCCUACCUGUCCAGCCAGGGCCGGAACCGAGAGGUCCGGCUAAACCAGGCAGAGAGGAUCAGGGACCGCUACGUGAGCCGAGCCGGGCCCAACAACACCCGGCUGUCGAGUUCUAGCCCGGGAAAAACGGGAGUGACCGCAGCAGGAGGUGAGGUGGCCAUGUGGGCCUGCAAGAACCCGGUCGUGUUCUUCUGCAGGGACGCCCAACACAACACAACGCCACUGCCGAACGCUGGGGGGGAGAUGAAGACAAAGACAGCCGAUACCAGCCUGUGACCGGGUUGGAAAGAUUCUGGCUUGAAUUUACAGGCUGUAACGUUUAUAUAAAAAGAAAAAAAAUAUAUUUUGAAAGGUAGUUGAAACUUUGACUGUGUUGUUACAGUAUAGUAGGAGACAGAUAAUCUGAAAUAAUCAAGUUCCUCUACUUAAUAUAGUGCUAGCUAGAAACAACCAAUCAGAGCCAGGAGGUGGGUCUUAGCGCUGUCAAUCACACAAGUGUAGGCUCACUCCCCUUUGCUCUUUAUUACAAAACAGCUUCUUCUCUGUAGUAAUUAAUCCUAAUUAGCAUGGAUACUGAUAAAGAGUUUUUCUUUAAUGGUAAGUUGUUUUUCCAAUAUUAGCGUGUUCAUGAGGUUGAUUGACAGUGCUAACACCCGCCUCCUGGCUCUGAUUGGUUGUUUUUGGUGGUGCAUUUCUUUAGAAUAAUUAUCAAUAUUUUCACAAAUUCUCUGUUUCUAAACAAACUGUCACAACAUGGUGACAGUUUUAACAGAUAUGUAAAAAACAUAUUUCUUUCAUAAGAGUUACAAACUGCAGCUUUAAGAACAAUCUGAGCCGUUCAUAACUUGACUUUUGGCCUUUUGCAGUGAUUUCAUCAGCUUUUAUACAACAAUUUUAAGAACAUGAUUUAUCUGGAAAAGGACUCUGAACCUCUCUUCUCUCCAAUUUGCCAAACAUACUGACUUUUUUCCAUCUUGUUUCUUCAGAAAACUAAACAUCUGAAGUUGCUUUGAGUGACUUUAGUGCCCAUAACACAAACAAUCUCAUUGGUUAGCCUAAAUCAAAUCAAUCUCAUAAUUUAUCAACACCGUUUUUGUUCAUCUGAAGCAUGCACUCAUAAAGAAAGAUAGUUUUGUGUUAUUUUAUAAUUAAUGUUUCCUAAAAGAAAUCUAAAGGUUUCCUGGUGACUGCAGAUUAAAAACAAAAAAAGAACAAUGUGAUCAAAUAAAUAUUAAACUUGCUUACAAUCAAAAACAUGAAAAGUAAAAGAGUUAAUGAAGGAAAAAUGUCUACAGAUGUGAAGAGGAAGGUCAUUGGGGUUAAUUUUAAUUUAAGGGUUAUAGUUCCAGAGUGGACUAAACCAGUUCACUUCCUGGAUUUUUACCCUUGAAAAAUUAAUUUUGGGAACUGCAUCAAAUUAUUGAAUUAUUCAUGAGUUGAAAUGGGAGCCUGAAAUUAAAGUUACCAGUUUUGCUUUUGUGGUGUUGGAAAAGACCCUCAACGUUUCAGCUGAAACAAGUGUUACUUUGCAUGAAGAAUUUUAAACAUUUCAAAACAUAUUUUGACACAACAAACAUUCAGUAUUUAACUAUUUGAAAGUAUUUUAGUAAAAAUGAACUAAGACUGACUCUUAUGACACAUUGUUUUGUCUCAUACAACUAACUUUUGUCAUUGAUUUGUGACUUUAAAAUAUUACCA